UCUACAAGCCCUCAAAGCCAAAGUAUUGUACAGUUGUGAAUCAGACCUGGGGUUUGAUAGGUGCAAAAAGUUCAGAAUGAAAUUCCUAACUUGUUUUAUUUUUGCCUUGUUCUGCGUUCAGUUUUCAGUUACUGAGGAAUCUGUGGUGAAACCAAAAUUUAUAACGUGCGAUUUCGACGUAAAUCUCAGUCUCGAUAAAAACCCAGACAAUGCCAAAUAUUUACCGGAAGAAUGCCAAAAUUUGAACGACACAGACAAAGCCCUUCUGAUGGAGGAAGCUCUAAACUUUGAAAAGUUCAAUUCAAAGUUGCAAGACUACGAGAAAGGCCUGGGUCUCGAUACCGAAGACGAAAUUUACAAAGACUGGGAUUUCCGGGAUGAGCUGUAUGCGGACGCUUCGCUGCACUUGUGUGGGACUAGUUCGGCGAAGCUGGAGGAAUACGUCGGCUGUCUAAUGGAAAAGCGCGAUCAAAUGGUGGAGAAAAUAAACGAACAAAUCGCUGCGAAGAGGGGUGAGCGAUAAGGCUUUCUUUCACAAAGUAGACUUAAAUUGCUUGAGA